UGAAAGAAAUAGAAAACUUUCUCUAGUUCUCUUUUUUCUAAUAGCAAUAAUGUUAUAGUAGGAAAAACUAGGGGUUCUUAUUUCUUAAGUGGCAAUAAAAUUGUGACUCAAUUAGAAGGUAAAAAGAAGAUCAGGAGUAAAUUUGCCAAAUUGAGUUCCCCCCCAACAACUUUUGUUCCUUUCCUGGACAAGUCCAAAACUCAUAAGUAAGUCAUAAUCCUUGAAGAGGUUACAUGAAUCAGCAUCUUUUAUACCCACCAUUGAUUCACUCUUUCAUCCAACGUCACACAACCUCAAUCCUUGUCAUACUUCUCAUUGGUCCACACUUCAAUCCCUCCAGUCUAUAAAACACCAAAAACCCAACCACUUCACACUCACAUACAAAGCAACUCAAUUCAACUCUACUACUUCACUUCAUUUCAUUCAAUCACAAACCAAAAACUUGUAAAAAAAAAAAAAAACAAUGGCAGGUAGAGGAAAAACGUUAGGAUCAGGUGCGGCUAAGAAGUCUCAAUCACGUAGUAGCAAAGCGGGUCUUCAAUUCCCUGUUGGUCGUAUCGCCCGUUUUAUCAAAGCGGGUAAAUACGCCAAACGGGUCGGAGCCGGAGCUCCAGUUUACCUUGCUGCUGUUCUUGAAUACCUUGCUGCUGAGGUACUUGAAUUGGCUGGAAAUGCCGCUACAGAUAACAAGAAGACUAGGAUUGUGCCAAGGCAUAUUCAGUUGGCUGUGAGGAACGAUGAAGAGCUGAGCAAGUUGUUUGGCGAUGUUACGAUUGCUAAUGGUGGUGUUAUGCCCAACAUUCACGACCUUUUGCUUCCAAAAAAGGCUCGUAGCUCCUCGAAACCCGCUGCUGAUGAGGAUUAAAUGGAUGAUCUGGGGUUAGGUUGUUUGGUUUUAUUAGUUUAGUUAAAUUAGGUUAUGAAAUUUAGUAGUGUCAACAACCCUCAAACCCUUAAUGUUCUUUUCCCUAGUUGUUUUAGUUGUUAAGAGUCUAUGUUUAGUGUGAAUACAAAUCAGUGAACCAGUGAAACAAACACCAUUUUCCUUUUUCUAGUUCUGUCCAGUUUAGUGUCUCCUUGUAUUGAUAGAACCCUUUAUUCAUGAAAAGUUUAGCCUAUGAAGCUGGUCUUUAUAUAGAACUUUGGAAUGUUGUUCCUGUUUUCUUUAAGCAUAUUAAUUGAAGUUGUUCUUAUACAAA